AUGGCUGGCUCUAACAAGAGUGCAACUGUCGGUACGUGUUGGCAGAAGCUCCGUGCCUGGAAAUUGCCGUGUCGAAGGGGCAACCCGCUGACCGCUGGUGCAGCCUCGGGAGCGUCAAUCGCACCCGAUGAAAGUGUGGCAGAGGAGGUUGCUCGAGCCCCCGGGCAUGGCUCAGGCAGACCUGAGCUUCUCGAGUACGGCACCACUUUUCGUCAUGAAUACUCUCCCAAUGGCGGUGUCGGCUAUGCUUAUCACUAUGGCCAGCGUAACGAUCAACCGCUCGAAUUCCCAGAUUAUGGCAACACAAUGACAACACAUCACAGUAAUUGGAAUCCCCCAGACGAGUAUGUACGCAGCUACGCCAAUGAGAUUGUCAGCAAUACUCGUGGUGUUGAGGUCGUAAUGAAGCCAGAAACCUUUUUCAAGCUCUCUGCUGAGCAGCAGAACAUGCUUAUCAAUGGUUCCUCAAGUUGCUGCAGCUUCAAACUCUUCUCCUGCCCCAAAGACCAAGACACCAGAGAAAUCAAAAGCGACCGAGCCAAAGAAGAGACAUACUUGCUGCAUGGCCUGUAA